GGCCCGGGGCUGCGCAGGGGCUGCGGGCCAGGCGAGAUGGCGCGCCCCGUGCAGCUGGCCCCGGGCUCGCUGGCGCUGGUGCUGUGCCGCCAGGAGCGAGAACGGGGUGCUGCGGGGGCACCGGCCGAAGCCCCGGAGCUGGAGCCCGGGGUAGGCGAGGCGAGCCUGGACGAGCUGCUGCCCGCUGGGAUCCCGGGGUCGCUGGAGGCGGAGGAUGGAGAGCCCGGAGGCCGUGCGCUCUUCCGCGCCUUCAGGCGUGCAAACGCGCGCUGCUUCUGGAACGCGCGCCUGGCCCGUGCAGCCUCCCGGCUGGCCUUCCAGGGCUGGCUGCGGCGCGGGGUACUGCUGGUGCACGGGCCGCCCGGCAGCCUGCAGGUGCUGCGAGACGCCUGGCUGCGCAGAGCGCUGCGCCCGCCGCGGGGCUUCCGCAUCCGCGCCGUGGGGGAUGUUUUUCCAGUGCAGAUGAAUCCAAUUACUCAGUCCCAGUUUAUACCUUUGGCGGAGGUUCUUUGCUGCGCUAUAGCGGAUAUGAAUGCAUCUCAUGUUGUGGUGACCCAGGAAUCCCUGAUGGAUCAGCUGCUGAAACACUAUCCAGGCAUAGCCACUCCCUCACAAGAUAUCCUUUACACCACCCUGGGCAAUUUAAUUAAAGAAAGGAAGAUCUACCAUACUGGCGAAGGAUACUUCAUUGUUACUCCCCAGACUUAUUUCAUCACAAGCACAGCAACCCAGGAGAAGAAGAGAGUGCCCCUGGAAGACAGUCACCCACUCCCAACUUCGGUCACUUACUUGGUCAGUAUGGACAGUCAGGCAGAAUUAACCAAAGAAAAUGCCACCAGCCCCUCCCAUUGCAAAUCCUGCCGCUGCUUCCCAGACCCGUGUCCCCAAGAGGGACGAGGGUCACCGCCCACAGGGGACGGGAAUAGAAAAGGGCAGAAGAACUCGGGGGAAGCCAAACCAUUAGUGCAGAGCCAGGCCAUCUCGACGUCGGUGGAGAACCCCCAUUGCAACAGGACCAAACCCUUACCCUUGGCCAAGGACAAGGAAAAGAGCAAGAAGUUUGGACUCCGUCUCUUCUGGCGCCAGAUGUCCAGGAAGGAAAGGCCCAGGAAGGACCACAGGACUUUCUCUGCCCAGUUCCCACCUGAAGAGUGGCCUGUCCGAGAUGAGGAGAACUUGGACAAUAUUCCUCGGGAUGUCGAACAUGAGAUUAUCAAACGCAUCAACCCCGAACUGACUGUAGACAACUUGAUCAGACACACUGUCCUGAUGCAGAAAUAUGAAGAGCGGAAAAAAUACAUGAACCAGGGCACAUCCACUGACCUGCAGGCGGCUGGCCACAAGCAGCAGCAGCAGCAGCAGCAGCCCGGGAAAGCUGGGGUGAGGAGACGGGAGAGUAGGUCUGGAAGACAUCGGAGGAAAGGACACUCAAGUAGAGACAGGCCCAGAGGCUGGAGCCAGAGAAGCUCUCAGGGCAGUGAGCCAAAGGCGGUCAUCACCAGAGCAGAGAAACACUCCAAGCACCUUCCUGCUGAGGCCGCUCCCAGAGCCAAAACCCCGGAGGAAGGGCUGGCUCUGAAGCCUCCAGGAGCGACCCAGUCAUCAGGGGAUGCCAACCCCCAUGUCAUUUACAAAAAGAGAAUCAACAACCCCUUCCCUGGCUUUCCUCACAGGGGGAACCUGAAAGUCAGAGGCUUCAAGGGGCAGAAGAGCAGUGAACUAAAGCCCAAGCCGACUGAGAAGCCCAAAAAGUCUUUCCAAAGGUCAAAGUCUUUGGAUUCCUCAAGAAACUCUGGCAAUGAAGGUCAACAACAAUGUUCUGAGCAACCCAAAGACAUCGUGAAGCCAGGAAUACCUUUUAGUCCUAAUAAUGCUUCUGUCCAGCCUGUCGGUGACUGCCUCCCGGAUUACUCACCUGGCAGGUUUUUAAGAACGAGUGGAAAGGGCCAUCCUUUCAGAGAAAGCCAGUUGGGGCAGAAGGCCUACGGUGGCCAAGACAAGACAGUCCCUGAUGUCCAGUGGAAAAUUCAUGCCUGUGCUGAUCCACCAGGGGAGACCCAAACUGAAAUGCAAUGUCGCUCUGCGCCCCAGGCUUCCCUGAUUGAUCAGGCCGUUGUGCAUCAGUUCCAGAAUCUUGGCCUCCUCGAUCAUCGGCUGAGCAGUGCUCAGCGGGUCAGACAGCCUGAGAGGCAGAGCAGAGACACCCCAAAGGAGCUGACUGGGAGAUGCUGGGAGACCCUCAGGCGCGAGAAUGAAGGAUUCACCGAUGACGAUGAUGACCACAAGGAUUUGUACCAGAAGGAGGUAGAUGGGGAUGAAGAUGUCUGCAGCUCUUUGUAUUUGGAGGAGGAGGAAGAAGAGGAGGACUUUGCUGAGAAACACAUCUUGUGCCCAACUCAGCCAGGCCACAUCCCAUAUUCCUUUACAGACAGAAGCCCGUGGGACAGUUUGGGGGAAACUAAAGUGACCGAGGGAGCCCUGGACCGCUGGAAGCUAAGGAGUGACCUGACGGAUUACAGCAGCAAAAUACAAAGGCUUGAGCUUCAAACCUUCGAAAGAAAUGACUGUCACAGACCCACUGGCCCACUCACCAACACAGACGGGCAUCAGAAGAGGAACUUUUCAGGGGAAAACUGUGGCCCCCAUCCAUGUGGCUAUCACUGUGAUGAGGAAGUCGGCAGUGCCACAAGGGUACAGGCUUCUUCAGAGCUUGUCGACUGCAGUAUAUUUGACUACUAUAACACGAGCGAGGCAGACUCUGAGGCAGAAACUUUGCAGAACUCCGCCGGGGAGGUGGGGGAGAAAUCGGCUGGCUGGGGUCUGGGGGCACAGGGUGAGGAAAUGAGGACACAUUUCAGGCAGAAGCCGGAGCUCUUUGGCGACUCACGGAUGCCAGGUUUGGCCCAGCGUGCCCAGCCGGAGCAGAAUCACCUAGAAGGAACUGAAAACCACAGUCUGACAGGAGACAGUGGGAUCGAUUCUCCACGGGCACAGAGCCUGGCAUCUAAUAAUUCCGCCAUUCUGGAGGGGCUAAAGAGAAGACAGAGUUUCCUACAGAAUUUGGAGGGCAUAAACAGCAUGAGGAAUGGACAGAUGCUCACAUCAAAUUCCUUGCUCCAGCUGACACCCGUAAUCAAUGUCUGAGUCUUCCUUUUCUCUGGGAACUUGGGGCUAACUUUUUUUUUUUUGUAAAAAUUGUACAGCCUUAACUGUAAAUGUUUUAACCUUCUGCCUAUAUCAGAUUCAUCCAUGUUUUACA